AGCAAAAAAAAAGGAAAAGAGGGAACCAAAGCCCUACAGUCAGCCCACAAAGAUAUCAGAACACUACCUGAAGGCAGCAGAUCACAAAGAGACCGGAGGCAUGGAACCCGAAUAUUUACGCUUAUUAAAAGUCAUAUUACUGACUGUUGCCAUAUCUAAGCUAUGUGCUGCACAGAAUGAUAUUACACUGUCCAUCUACACGGUUACAUCUAAAAGUAUGACAGUGCGCUGGAGUGGGCGCUCGGGUGCCACCUCCUACAAGAUCACCGCCACGCCCAAGAACUCCCACGACCAACCCGUGUUCGCCCAGUUCAGCGGCAGCACGGUGAUGGGCUCUGUCAACUCGCUGUCCCCGAACACCGUGUACACCAUGCGGGUCGAGGCCAUGGACAACGCCGUCAACGUGCUCAGCAGCGCCGAGACCGAGGAGACCACUGCUCCUGAUAUCCCGUCCAUCGUCCAGGCGUACUCGAAACACAGCAACAGCAUCACAGUGGAGUUCGGCGUUGUGUCCGGAGCUACCGGCUACAUUAUCCGCGCUGAGAACGAUGAAGGUUUCUUUUCGGAGUCUGUGGUUCUGACGUCCCCCGGAACCGUGCUGAACCUGAGCCCCUACACCAACUACACCCUCAGCGUCAUGUCUGUCAACACUGGAGGAAGAAGCCAGCCCUCCUACACAGUUCCAGCUAGAACAGUGGUGGUCGCCCCAGCCCUCGUCUCCAUGUCUCCUGCUAACGACAGCAUCGUGGUCACAUGGGACCCAGUGGACCAUGCGGUUCUGUAUUCACUGACAAUCAUCAUGGGGGGGUCCGACACCCGUCUCAAGCUCAACACCACCCAGACCAAUAUGACCUUCAACAACCUGGAGCCUGGAGUCACCUACUGUAUCAAGGCCACAGCGUUCGACCCCGAGGGAAUUCCUGGAGACGACAUCACCGUCUACCAGAUCACACGUCCACCAGUCCCAGGGGAUGUGCAGGUAUCGCUGACCCUCCGCUCUAUGGGCAUGGCUGUGUACUGGCAGCCCGUGCGUGGAGCUGACCUCUACUACGCCCAGAGCUCCAUUGGUCAGAACUGCACCUCCACCAAUGGAGAGCCGUACUGUAUCAUCAGCCCCCUGAACUGCAGCGAGAACCACCUGGUCGUCGUCACGGCCCUGAACGAAGCCGGUCCCAGCACCCCGUCCCAGCCAGAGGCCCAGAUCACCUUUCCGUGUCCUCCAGACUCAGUGGAGGUGGGUCAGGUGGAUGUAGGGAACUGCUCAGUGUCCUGGGGCGCAGUGGAGUGGGUGGAUUACUACGUCGCCUACGUGAAGAGAGACGAUGGAGCUGAAGAGCAGUGUAACACCACCAGCACCACCUGCUACUACAACUGCGACUGCAGCUACACCUACCUCACCACUGUGUUCGCUUACAACGGAGCCGGACCCAGCCCACCCGGACCCAUACUCAGCUACACUACAGUUCCCUGCUGUCCGGAGAACGUGACGGUCUCUCUUGUUUCGACUGAAACGCUGGAGAUCAGCUGGUCUGCGGUGCGAGGGGCGGAGCUGUAUGAGACGCUGGCAGUAGACGGGUUAGAAACGAUCCACUGCAACGACACCAUGCCCGUGUGCGCCCUGUCUGACCUCACCUGCAACAGCCGGUACAGCGUGAUCAUCCGUCCCUGCAAUGAUAUAAGCGGCUGUAACAACAACUGCAGUGCACACACACAAGAGACAGCCCCGUGCACUCCUGAAAUCGUGAACAUCACCCAGCUCAGCUCUUCUGCAGUCCGGGUUUUAUGGAAAGCUCCCAACAGUCACGCGACCUACAGCGUGAGUGCUCUGAGCACCGGCAUCAGCCUCAGCUGCUCGUCCAGCAGCACUUCCUGUGACCUCACCAACCUGCCCUGUGGAACAAGCUUUGAGGUCAAAGUUUACGCCUCGACUUCAGUGGGCAUGAGCUUACCCAGCUAUAGCGUCCCACUGGAGACAGGUCCCUGCUGUCCCAGUGAUCUCAGCGUGGAACAGGUGACGCAGGCCAUGACCAGCGUGGUGUGGUCUCACGCCACCGGGGCCCAGUCCUACAUCACGUCACUGAACUCAUCACGAGGUCACGCCAAGUGCCACACCAUGGACGCACACUGCCUGAUGGGAUGUAUCACAUGUGGCACCAACUACAGCGUCUCAUUGGAGGCCGUAAGCAUGACGGGGCACAUAUCUCAGUGCAGCUACCAUGGCUUCAGUUCCAGUGCGUGCUGUCCGUCCGGUGUGAGGCUGUAUGUGAUGGGUAAUAACACGCUGCGUGUUUACUGGCGAGGGUCGGACAGUCUGUAUGGCUACAUGGUCGACCUUUAUGGCACCAACUCUAACUACACCUGCCGCCCAGUCCAGGGGUCCAACUGGUGUGACCUCACCAACGUAAUGUGUGGGGAUGUGUACACUGUGGUGGUGGCUCCUGUAAAAAGUGACGGAUCCCAGGUUCCAUUCUGCGCCAAGAGGAUGUACUCAGUCUCCUGCUCUGGGAUCAAUGUUGGAACGGUAUUCUAUCGAGGGAAGAGGAGCGUGGAUUAGCAGCUGCCACUAACCAAUGUUGCAGAUCUGGAGGAGACAACCACUUAAAAUAGCAGGAAUAUCUUUGUUUCUGUGUAAAAUGAAAAAUGAUCUUAGGUAGUGUAGGUGAAAUGUAACAAUUUAAAAAGAUCUUUGUUUUUAGAUAAAAAUGAAGUACCGGCCUAAUGUCAAUUUUUGCUAAAUGUAAAAGCACAAUUUUAUGUUGUUCUAAAACUGUUGUUCUAAGACUAUUUUUUAAAUUGGGGGUAUAAUUUGUCUACACUGUAAAAAAAUGUCUUGUCUUUUCAACCUAAAACGAUAAAUAAAUUGGGUUUAUUCAAUUCAAAUAAUUACUGGUUUCCAUAUACCAUUGUUAGAUUCAAAGUGUUUAUUUGAUGUGUUUAUAAUGUUCAAAUUGUUCUUUUUACAGUGAAUAGAAAUGUACUCCUGAUUUAAUUUAAAAUUAUGAUUUUAUAUAUGUAUCAGAAAUGUAUUUUUCGCAUGGAGGUAUUUACAGUUUGCUUAUUGUUUGAAAGAAAGCUGUACUCUGAAUGACCAACAAUGAAUAUUUUGUGCAUAUUUUUUGUGCUCUUUUACAAACCUGAACAAUCUGAAAGGAAAUACUGUAGGAAUUCCCCCCAAGUAGAAAGCCUUCAGAGGGCAGAACUGUAUCCUGGGUGUAAGUUAGACGGGCUGACUACUGAAAAAGUAGGGCAGGGUGAAAGUCAGUACCAGAAUCAACCUCAGGACACAUACGUCCUCCUGAUGAUGAACCAGAUAAGCCAGUUUAAAGUGUGUGUUUACUGGUGUCAUGUUGCCCAGCUGAAUACUACUUUAAAUAAAGCUGUUUUUGCAUUAAA